CUCUCCAUCGAGGCCAUUCACCACUAUAUAUAUACACACACACGCUUCUCGAUCUCCCUCUUCAACCUAGCCGCUACACUAUCUUCCCUCAGCGACAAUCACUGAGAUAAUUCAGCCAUGGGUAAAGAGAAGUUCCACAUCAACAUCGUGGUCAUCGGCCACGUGGAUUCCGGAAAAUCGACAACCACCGGUCACCUGAUCUACAAGCUCGGCGGUAUCGACAAGCGUGUCAUCGAGAGGUUCGAGAAGGAAGCCGCCGAGAUGAACAAGAGGUCUUUCAAGUACGCGUGGGUCCUUGACAAGCUCAAGGCCGAGCGUGAGCGUGGUAUCACCAUCGACAUUGCUCUCUGGAAGUUCGAGACCACCAAGUACUACUGCACCGUCAUCGACGCUCCUGGCCAUCGCGAUUUCAUCAAGAACAUGAUCACCGGUACCUCCCAGGCUGAUUGUGCUGUUCUAAUUAUCGAUUCCACCACCGGUGGGUUUGAGGCUGGGAUCUCUAAGGAUGGUCAGACGCGUGAGCAUGCUCUUCUCGCUUUCACGCUUGGUGUUAAGCAAAUGAUUUGCUGCUGUAACAAGAUGGAUGCUACUACUCCUAAGUACUCUAAGGCUAGGUACGAUGAGAUUAUCAAGGAGGUGUCUUCUUACUUGAAGAAGGUUGGUUACAACCCUGACAAGAUCCCGUUUGUCCCCAUCUCUGGUUUCGAGGGUGACAACAUGAUUGAGAGGUCCACCAACCUCGACUGGUACAAGGGACCGACUCUCCUCGAGGCUCUUGACCAGAUCAACGAGCCCAAGAGGCCUUCAGACAAGCCCCUCCGACUUCCCCUCCAGGAUGUCUACAAGAUUGGUGGGAUUGGAACGGUGCCGGUUGGUCGUGUUGAGACUGGUAUGCUCAAGCCUGGUAUGGUUGUGACAUUCGCUCCUUCGGGUUUGACCACUGAGGUUAAGUCUGUUGAGAUGCACCACGAGUCUCUUGUGGAGGCGCUUCCAGGUGACAACGUUGGGUUCAAUGUUAAGAACGUUGCUGUCAAGGAUCUUAAGCGUGGGUACGUUGCGUCCAACUCCAAGGAUGAUCCUGCUAAAGGCGCUGCUAACUUCACCUCCCAGGUCAUCAUCAUGAACCACCCUGGUCAGAUUGGUAAUGGUUACGCCCCGGUUCUUGAUUGCCACACCUCCCACAUUGCUGUCAAGUUCUCUGAGAUCUUGACCAAGAUUGAUAGGCGUUCUGGUAAGGAGAUUGAGAAGGAGCCCAAGUUUUUGAAGAAUGGUGAUGCUGGUAUGGUGAAGAUGACUCCCACCAAGCCUAUGGUUGUUGAGACUUUCUCUGAGUACCCACCGCUUGGACGUUUCGCUGUUAGGGACAUGAGGCAGACUGUUGCUGUCGGUGUCAUCAAGAGUGUUGACAAGAAGGACCCGACCGGAGCUAAGGUGACCAAGGCUGCCGUCAAGAAGGGUGCCAAGUAAAGUACCUUCAGCAAGAGUCUUUCAUCCGAAGACAAUUUUAGUUUUUUCACAGUAGUUUGGUGUUUGGUCGCUUGUUUGUGUUAUAGCUUCGUCUCUUGUCCGUCAGAACUAUGUUCUCGUAACUGGGUUCUCGAUCGGAGGUGGCGGAGCUACGUUGAACUCUAGCUUGCUGUUUUUUUGUUUUACUUUUGCUAUCGGGUUAUGAACUAUUUUGGAUGUUUAGUUAUUAUGAAUAUGGCAUGAGAUCAUUUCGUGUUGUCUAAUAUUGUUUUUAUGCG